GUAAGGGAAUCGAUUCGAAGCCCCCCCCACACCCAAAGGACAAAACCUCUCGAAGUGGAAAAUCUUUGGGUUUCAGGUAGAAGGUAAAGAAGGUGUGAGAAUCUUCUUCUGGUCUAUGGCAUGCCAUCAACAGAAGCAUUAUAUCCAAAGGUCUUGUUGUAGUAUUCUUCGUAGAAGUGGUUUCCUUUUCUGGGUUUUGCUCUCCUCUUUCUCCUCAAUCGCCAACCUACAUUUCCCAACCAUAAACAACAAUCGCCAUCAUCUUAUAACCAUAAAGAUCUCUUUCCUUUCUACUGUGUAAUAGUGUGGAAUUCUCCUUCAGUAGUUCCUCUUCCAAAUCAAUGGGGAUGGUUUCGCGUUUCUUUAUCUGCUUUCUUCCUCUCUUCUUCUCCAUCGGCUUCUUUUCAAAUGUUCUGAUCGUGCAGGCAUUUACUGGGACCUAUGGAAUAAAUUACGGAAAGAUAGCUGAUAACCUCCCUCCACCUGAAAGCGUGGUGGUGCUUCUCAAAGCAGCAAAGAUAAAGAAUGUUAGGAUAUAUGAUGCUGAUCAUAGUGUUCUUAAGGCUUUUAAAGGUUCUGGACUUGAAUUAGUGGUUGGAAUUGGCAAUGAAUUCCUGAAAGACAUGAGUGUGAAUGAAGACCGUGCCCUGGACUGGGUAAAAGAAAAUGUAGAGCCAUUCCUUCCUGGAACACAUAUCCGGGGGAUUGCUGUGGGGAAUGAGGUGUUGGGGGGAGAUCCAGACAUCUCGGAGGCUCUUGUGGGUGCAGUAAAGAAUGUUUAUAGUGCUCUCAACAAGCUUCAUUUAACUGACGUGGUUCAGGUCUCAUCUCCGCAUUCGGAGGGUGUGUUUGCUACUUCUUUUCCUCCAUCUGCAUGUGUUUUUAAAGAGGAAUUAGUUCAAUACAUGAAGCCACUUUUGGAGUUCUUCUCACAGAUUGGUACUCCAUUCUUCAUCAAUGCCUACCCAUUUUUGGCGUACAUGAGUGAUCCUGAUCAUAUUGAUCUCAAUUAUGCUUUGUUGCAACCAAACCCUGGAAUUGUUGACCAGAAGACUAAUCUUCAUUAUGAUAACAUGUUUGAUGCUCAAGUUGACGCUGCUUAUGCGGCUUUAGAAGCAGCUGGAUUUGGAAACAUGGAAGUUAUAGUUUCAGAGACUGGUUGGGCUUCUCGUGGGGAUGCAACUGAAGCUGGGGCUACAGUUAGCAAUGCCAGAACUUAUAAUUAUAAUCUCCGUAAACGGCUUGCCAAAAAGAAGGGAACCCCUUUCAGGCCAAAGAGGGUGGUAAAGGCAUAUAUAUUUGCCUUGUUUAAUGAGGAUUUGAAGCCUGGACCAACAUCUGAGAGGAACUUUGGAUUGUUUAAACCUGAUGGGAGCAUCUCGUAUGAUAUUGGAUUUAAAGGGCUCAAGGCUUCCUCAGCAUCAUCAAUAUCUCUGAAGGAUAUUUGGAGACGAGGUUGGACUGCACCCUUCUCCAUGGUUUUGAUGACCUUUGCUGCAGUUCUGCUUCUAAUAUAAUGUCAUCAAAUUCAUUGAAAACAAAAAGGUAAAAUUCAAAGGUUCAGGAGUUACUCAUCAAUUCAGUGCCAAAUUGGCAGCAUUUAGAAGCACACAAUAAGGUUUUUAGAUCAAUGUAAUUUCUUGUCUCAUUUCUAUAUAACCCAUUCAUCAAUUCUUAUAUGUACAAUUGAUCUUGAAAUAGUUAUGGAUUGAAAUUUCUGAUUAAUUGUAUUAUUUCAGCAAAAUAAGUACCCCAAAAGAACUCCGUUUUGAUUCUGUUUGCUUUAAGGGUCCCUGUAGACACUAAUCUGUAUUCGUACUUACCUUUCUAAGGGAUUUCACUCUGUUCCAA